AUGGUCUCAGCUGGUUGCACGCCGGAUACCUAUACAUACAGUCCGUUCAUAGAAUACCUAUGCAAGAUGAAGGGAUCACAAGAGGGUUUGUCCUUUAUAGAUGAGAUGCUAAAAAAGAGUGUUAAGCUCACGACGGUCAACUAUACCAUUGUAAUUGACAAGCUAUUCAAGGAGAGGAACUAUGGAUUGGCCACAAAAAUCUGGGGUCAAAUGGUUUCACUGGGUUGCAAUCCUGAUGCAGUUACUUAUACCACAUCUAUGCGUGCUUAUUGCAAUGAAGGAAGACUCAUUGAAGCCGAAAAUGUUGUCAGUGAGAUGAACAGAAGUGCGGUCACUGUAGAUACAAUUGCGUAUAACACGUUGAUGGAUGGGCAUGCAAGUAUUGGACAGACAGAUUGCGCAGUCUCAAUCUUGAAGCAUAUGAAAAAUGUUGCUUCUAUGCCAAACCAGUUUACUUAUUUGAUCUUGCUUAGACAUCUUGUACAAAGGAGGCUAGCAGAAGGUGUGCCUUUGAAUGUAGCUGGUUUAUGGAAGACCACCAGGCUUACUGAUAUCUUUGAAUUGUUUGAGAUAAUGAAGAAGAAUGAUAUUAUUCCUAACACAGAUACUUAUUCUGCAAUUCUGGAGAGGUUUUCUGAAGAUGGAAUAUCGAAAGAGGUGACAUCAUUGGUUUCUCGUAUCAAAGAUGAUAAUCUUUCUUUGAAUGAGGACAUCUACACUGCUCUCAUUACAUGUUUAUGCAAAUCAAGACAGUAUUCCGAUGCAUGGGCGUUGCUUCACUCCAUGAUUGGUCGUGGUUUUGUACCACAACUGAUGUCCUAUCAGCACCUACUUUGCGGGCUUAUUAGUGAAGGACAAGCUCAUAUGGCUGAAGAAAUUUUUGGAAACGGUAGAUGGGAAGACUACAAUCCUGAUGAAAUUGUGUGGAAAGUAAUUAUUGAUGGCCUGAUAAGAAACGGUCAUUCAGAUAUAUGCCGUGACAUGGUAUCCAAAUUAGAGCAGAGGAACUGCAGACCAAGCAAUCAAACAUAUGUAAUGUUGGCAGAAGAAUUGUCUACCAGGGGAUAAUAUACUGCUACAUUCACCAGUCGUGCAACACCGCUGAGCAAAGUUUCCAUCAGCAGUGUAAAAUGCGCCCAAUCAGAGGCUUGUACCCACACAUGAUGUAUCCUACUAGACACCGGAGUUACAUAUUACAUGGAUCAUUCAACACACACUGGGUUCAUGUUUUAUUGCUCUCUCAAAGAGCAGUGAAGUAUUUCGAAGUUAGGAUUUCAGACUGCGCGUUAAUUGACCUGAAGAAAAAUAGCCCAGUCUUGGUCCAAUUUCAUUAUCUGUUAAUUUGAGCAUUUCUUUUGUGUCAAGAAUUCAUUCAUUGCUGAUUCUUUUAGUUUUUAGAUGAAGCCCCUUCUGGUGUUGGCAAGGCAUACUUUUAUUUGAGUCGACAGGUAUAAUCCUAUGGUGGGACUGAGAGAAAAUUGAGUUGCACUCUUUGACUGUGUCAAUCAUUUAUUGUUAACCAUCGACAUACAAAUAACAUACUAGAAGAGAGCCUUCUUGGGCUUGUGCAUUGUGAUUCUAUUGUUCUGUAGAUGGGUAUAGGAUGGUUUAUCUGUUAUUGUCUAAACAAUGUUAAAGACAGAGAACAAGUCAGUCAGGUUGCUGCAAUCUUGAAUGAAUAUCACCUCCAAAGUUGAGUAUC